CUAAUCCUGACAUGAGGCGUGGAGGUGGGUGGGUGUUCUUGCACCUCAACGUUACCCACUGAUGCUGCUUUGCUUUCGCCAUUUACUAAUCACUAUCUCGAGCCUAGAGAAAAAUAGUGUGUGUUAUUUCAUCAACAAGCGAAUUCCAACACGUGUACGUCCACCCGGAUCUCAUUAAUGGGAUUAGAUGGUUUGAGGGCAGCUGGACAUUGAGCCGCAGGUGUCUGAAGGCCGGAUGGACAACAUGUCUCCUCAACAUCAACAAGACAGACUGAGCCGGAGUACGGGAGACAACGACAACAGACGACGGAUGAAGUCCCAAAGUGUUCGGCGUCAGUCCGCUCCAUCUUUGGUCAUCAGCAGGGCUCUGGCCAGGUCCAAGACACUUUCCAGAGAGAGUCUCCCAGUUCCGGUAUUCCCAGAAACAUGCUCCUUGGUCCAAUCCUUCCUGAGAGUGCCCGAUCGGUCCUUUCUUCUACACGGACACACUCAGCUGAAGACUGGCAUGCAGACUCAGGACAGACACCUCUUCCUGUUCACAGACGUCCUGGUGAUUGCUAAAGCCAAGUCAGCCAAUCAAUUCAAACUGAAGGCCCGAGUGUGUGUGUGUGAAAUGUGGACGGCGAGUUGCAUGGAGGAGGUGUGUGAGGGAAGCACCUGCCCCGAGAGGAGCUUUGUCUUGGGCUGGCCCACCUGCAACUCCGUGGCUACAUUCAGCUCCGCGGAACAAAAAGAACAAUGGCUCUCCGUCCUCAAAAGUCGCAUUAAAGAGGAGAAAGAGAAAGAAGAACCGAAAACCAUCCCUCUUAGGGUGUAUGGCAAGAGACUCAAUACUUAUGCCGUGACCAAGACUUUGCCCGUCAGCAACUCUGAUUCCACCACUGAGGUGAUUCGACUGGCCUUGCAGCAGUUUAGCAUCAUUGGAAAUGUGAAGGACUACCAGCUGUGGAUCCUCUCCAAAAGAGACAAUACGCCCUAUCCUCUUAUUGGUCACGAGUUCCCCUUCAGCAUCUACAUGAGUCACGUAAGACAAGCGCUGUCCCAGAGCUCCACCUCGCCUGAGGACAUAGUGAGGGCGAUACAGACGGAGCAGCUGCAAGUGCGCAAACGGUGCCAGUUCAUCCUGAAGCCCCGCCCAGAGGAAACGCUUCAACCCCAGGUGGUGGCAGAUUUCACCCAGAAACCACUGAGAAGGAGGCGGUCCCUUAUCACUUGGGCCUUCUUGCGAGGCUCCUCCCCUUAUUUAGGGUUAUCCACAGGCAGCGCGCCCCAGGGCUGCUUGUUUGGUCGGACCCUCAGUACUGUGUGUAUGGACGACGCUCUACCCAAGCCUGUGAUGGACAUGCUGACGUUCCUGUAUCACGAGGGCCCGUGGACACGGGGCAUUUUUCGGCGGCCGGCAGGUGCUCGUGCCGUCAGGGAGCUAAGGGACUCAUUGGAUUCCGGACAGUUUCUUCUCCCACUGACACAGGACCACGUUUUCAUCAUCGCCGGAGUCUUCAAAGACUUCCUGCGCAACAUCCCCGGCAGCCUGCUGUGUUGUGAGCUGCAUGGAGAGUGGAUGGACGCUUUGGAAGAUGAAGAGGGGGAGGAGGAACAGGUCCAAGAGAUACAAAGAAUGAUGAGUCGGCUGCCCAAAGACAACGCCCGGUUGCUACGCUACCUGUUGGCAGUGCUGUGCAGUAUCCAAGGCAACGCCCAAGAGAACCAGAUGACGAGUUUCAAUUUAGCGGUGUGCAUCGCUCCCAGCAUGCUUUGGCCUCCCGGAGCACUGUGUAGCCCAGAGGCAGAGAAUGAAGGAACCAGGAAGGUGUGUGACCUGGUGAAAUUCAUGAUCGAACACUGCCAGCAGAUUCUGGGAGAAGACCCCUCCUCUCUGUUCGGAGGUUUGCCACAAAGGCUGUGCACCGAAGAAGAGACAGGAUCUGACAAGUGGCUGUAUCCUCUGACAGACUCAUCGUACGACAGUCUAGAAAAUGAGUUGGACACGAGCAGUGGCGGCUCACCAAGUUUUUGCAGCAGACGUCUCAGGUCCAAACCAGGGAGUCUGGACUCAGUCCUCACCUUCAGUGACUACGACCAGGAGACCGAUGCCAACACACAGCACACUAACGGGCAGCUGCUGAGGGGAAGCAGAGGAAGGAGGCUGCACUUGGGAAUCUCCUGCCCCAGCCAAGAGGCACCAGCUGUGGACCCCGCCUCAACCCCUGACUCCCUUUCCCCACAUAGUGUGCACAGGCAGCGCCGACGCUCGGAACCGGCAUUGGUGUAUGCGGCCAAGAUUCAGUCGUGCUUUUCGGCGAGCACAGAUGGCCUCACCGGUGAGGAUGACGACAACGAAGAUGAGUACCCCUCAAAGCCGACCGCCCACGAAGCAGAGGAGGGGCUUCACCAGAGGUGCAGGAGGUCAUCGGCAGCCCUGGAAGCCAGCUCCUCUAGCCUGUCGUCUAACCCCACCUCUCCUGCACCAACACAAACCUACAUAUUAAACAGACGAUACCAAACCAAAGCAUGCACUCCCUCCACAUCCUUCACAACAAGCUGUGCUCCAACGUCAGGGAGACACGAGGAGCAGGGGACAAGUCGUAAAGAGAGUAAAUGGGGGACCUUGAAAAGCUGCAGGAGCCUCCACCCCAAUUCUUGGCUGAGGAAAGACCGCCGAUUGUCCUUAACUCAGCAAGAAAGCCUGGACAAUAACUCUGCCAGUGUACAUACAAACACACUCACCAGUGAUGAAUAUUAGCAUCUUUGGCAAGUAUGUGUGAAACUGUAAGUCACUUGUAUAGCUUGAGCAUUUUGUUUAUAUAUUACAACUGUAUACAACUGUCUUUGCUCAGGAUAAGUGUAUAAUAGAUUGUUGUACAGUUAAUGGCCAUCAGAAUGUGAAAGUUCAUCAAUGGAAUUGAGGUGACUGGUCAACACAGUCAGGAGAUCAGGAAGACCUGGCUUGGAAACUCUGCUUAGGCAUCUCUGUGUGGAUGUUCUCCCCAAUGCGUGCAUGGGUUUUUUUUCCCCCGGGUACUCCGGUUGGGUGUACCCCGCCUCUCAGCCAAAGUCAGCUGAGAUAGGUUUCAGCAUAGCCUCCACAACCCUACUGAGGAUAAGCGGCAUAGAAAAUUAAAUGGAUGUAUAAUGUCCCCUAGUGCACAUACUAGUAUUUCCAUUGCAUUAUCGCUUCUUUUCUGUGCAUGCAGAUUCAUGCGUAUGGACACAUUCGAAAAUGUUUCUUGAAGCUCAUGUGAAUUAAAAAUGUAUGAAACGUGCAGAGAAGUUGAGUCAGUUUACCGUCAAUGUCAUUUCUGGUUGUACAACAACAUCAAGUUCUCUCUUCCGAUGUGUUGAAGAAGAGAAAAACCUUUUAGGACUUUAUUUUUGUCUUUAUACAAAACCUUAUAUAGAUUGCAUAUCAAUGUGCUCUAGCUAUUCACAAUCAUAUGGUUACAUUAAAGUUGGCAUCAAAUCAUUAGUAUAUAUAUGAUGGCAUUAGAAUAAAAACAUAUUUUCAUGUCAGUCACAAACCUACCAUGGCCCUUGUAUGUCAGUACACUACACGACGUCACGCUAAGAAGCACCGUCUUUACUCUGUCUAAUGUCGGC